AUGGAGAUGUUCCACAAGCUUGGCGAGUUUUUAAAGCCUAAAGUCCAGACCACAUUAGUCGAAUCACUUCGUAUCCAACUUGAAUUGUUUUUCCAUCGAGUUGAAGAAAAGAAUGAGAAUGGUUAUGUCACGAUCACAUAUUCUCAAGUCCCCUUUUUGAACUCGAUUGCUGCGCCCGAGAAAAUCGACCCGACACUUUCAAUUAUGUUUUCUCAAAUCACUUCAUUAAUAAUAGUCCCCGACAAUAUUCAAAAGGAUGAAACGGAUAUGUUACAUACAAAUGAAGACCUCAAAGUCACUGACGGCGUUGAACUCUGCGCGCCCCAACAAAUCGAAUUGAAAUUUUUAGAAAAGACGCCUAUUGUGCAUUUGGAAGUCCGAACACAAAACAUGUGGAAAAUCCCAACUCCUGUGCAGAAGACUUUACAAACCCUUUCCAUUGAGAAUUUGACAGACUCGGAGGUCGACCGCUUUUUUAAGGAGUUCAAGUGGUCCGCGACAAAUUUCGAGAACUUAGAAUUAUUGCGCGUGAGCUGUUGUAAUUUGCGAAAGAUUCCAGAAGACGUCUUCACUGCGGUGAAAUUUCCAAAACUCAAAAUUCUGGACUUAUCUCGCAAUUCGAUUGGAGUGUUAGAAAAUAUCCGAGAGCGUCCGAUGGACUAUUUAGAUGUGUCUGACAAUCUGAUUGAAUUUGUUGAUGUUCAAUUUGUGGGGUCUGUCUCACGUUUGAACAUCGAUUUGAAUGAGUUAACUGCGCUCGAUGGGAUCAGGAACUUUUUAAAUCUUCAAAUUCUGAGUUGUCGGAGCAAUCACAUAGAAAGUUAUCAAAACUUAAAACAAGCCUUUAAACGACUUUACUGUCUUAAAGUCAUUCAUUUAGAAGGAAAUCCAAUUGCAGAAGACGAUUAUUUUCUUUCCAGAAUGAUCGAAUACGUCCCCGCUGUGAAUUUUGGUAUCGAGUGCCAUGUGAAUGGACUCUUAUUAGACAAAGACCCCCAUAAGUUCGUCAACACAAAGCCUACAAUCUCUCGACAACAACAACGCGAGUUAAGUCCAGUAAUCGAGCGACGGAAGUUAGUUGUGUCGAUGAUCGAUGAUGUCGCUUUGAGUCAAAUAAUAGAAGAGAAGGUCGAUGAUUUUCGAAAGAAUUGGUGGGACAUGACCGAAGAGGAAUAUGUCAACAAGAGAGAACUCCUUAAAACAAUUGCGGAGAAGGUCAAUAAAGCGAUCUUUGAAACUGAGUACUCCCCACUCCCAGAUCUACAAAUCUUCCCUUACUCGACUUUCCAAGAUGACUGCGGAAGUAAUUUGGUCCAAUCCGCUAUGUGUCGAAAGCAAAAAAGAAGUUUUGUGGUCGUUGGAGGUGUCAAGGAGAGCGGCGUCGAUGUCGUCGUUUCUGUUCCCGUAGUAUCGACUAUCGGCGCAAAUAAAGUCGUCGCAAAAGUCAUCGAAAUCGCAAAGGAACUGGAAAAUGAUGAAGAGAACUUGAAAUUCGAUCGAAAUUUGUUCGGAACGGAUAUCGAUCUCAUGAAACUCAUCGAACUCAACCAAAAACGAAAAGAUGACGAAAAGAAGAAAAACGAGAUUGAAGCGGACGGAACAAAUGAAAAAAGUAGUUCUCUGUCAAAAUCUCAUUCUUCAGAAGAGAAAGAUAGGCAAAUCGACACACUCCAAAAUGAAAAAAUCGAAAAAGUCGAAGUUCAAACGUCGCAACUAAACGAUGCAACAAACUAA